UUUUCUAAUUAGAGCGCCGAGCACAGGUGUCGACCUAACGAUUUCAUGUUGAAUGUUAUGCGGCCAAAUAUGAAAGUGUCCUCAAUUCAUGUAACAAAUGACAUGCUGUCUUCUUCUUACUCUCAUCUCGUGUAUAGCGCUAUUCCUUACUAAAAUUACAAGUUUAAAAAAUAGAUUCUUGAAUUUUGUAGUAUAAUAUAUAUACGUUCAGAAACUGGGCAUCUGUGUCAGGUACAAUAUUUUUUUGAAAAGCUUUUAAAUACUCUUUAUUUAUUUUUAAGUUGGAUUAUACAUAUUUUUAGGUCACUUGUAAAGGAAUCUUUGAUCUUCUUUAAAUAUAAAUAUUUUACAAUCGUGUAUUAUAUUUUGAAUUAAAAGCGGCGAAUUCAAAAUAUAUGGAACAAAGAUUAGAAGAAAAGAUAAUGAUAAGAUAACACGCUUGUAUCUAGUAUCGUACAUCACUCAUGAUCAGAAUAUAUUACUUAUGAAGUGAUUGUUUAUUUCUUAAUAAUAUGGAAGAACCAACACACCAAAAUAACCGAAGGGAGAGGAUUGAAAAUGGCGUGGAAGAUUUACAUUUGGACAGGGUCGUCGCAUCCCAACCUGAGAUUGGACCCACCCCUCCUGAUGGUGGAUAUGGUUGGAUGAUAGUUAUUUCGGCAAUUAUAUACAAUGUAACUGUGCCUACAGUGAUAAUAUUAUAUGGACUGGUGAUAUUAAAGUCAAUACGUGAAGAGGAUCACGCUGAGGGUGAAAAAAUGAAGAUAUGGGAUCAGGACUUAGCAUUAAUACCAGUUAUUAUGAUUGUGAUAAGACUGUUACUUGAGUCAUGGUGCAGAGCUGUUGUGAAAAUCUUUAAUAUGCCGAGAUUUACCGCCCUGGCUGGACUGUGUUUGACCAUUGCCGGAAUUCUACUUUCUAGUUAUUCAACGAAUGUGUACCAAAACGAUCAUAUAGUAAAUAUUUUUGCUGGUAUUUUCGCUGGUGCUGGGUGCGCUUUAACCGGACAGCAAACUGACGUGCUUAUAACACAUUACUUCAGAGAUAAGCUCACAACUGCACAGAGGCUGAUACGAAUGGCACCAUCUCUUGGGAACAUAUUGUCAUGUCUGCUUGUUGGCUACCUCUGCACUGUAUAUACAGCCGAUGUAGUUGUCAUGAUAUAUGGAGCUGUAUUGAUGCAGAAUUGCUUUUUCCUCGCUGCGUAUACGAGACCCGUGUAUAUAGAAAAAGUUAUAAGGUCGACCUAUAAUAUGAUUCGAGCAGUUGAAGACGAGGAUGAUGUAAUUUUUUCUAAUCAAAGUGCUGAUAGAUCCAAUCAAAGGCCAACAGGAAGUCCUGAUGCGAGAGUGGCAGCGGUGUCAUCAGAGAACCCCGUGUCCGUUCAAGACGAAGAUGCAAAUGACGUAGUAGUAUUUAAAUCUAACAAAAACGCAAGAGAAAUAAUCGAUCCAGAAGUAGAGCAACGCGAAAAUAACAGAGAAAUGAGGUUCUCGACCGAUUUCAGUACAAUGUUCGAAGCACCAAGUCGAUUUUCUUCCGAUUUUGGUAAUUUGGACGUGACGAGCUACAGUCGUAUCAACGGAUAUCAGGAGUUGGAGAAUAUUGAUAGAGAGCACCACCCGCAGCCAUUAUACAGAGAAACAACUGUGAAUGCUCCUUCCAACAGUUUGGUGUUCACAUCAGACGUUACUCCGGGAACAGCUAGACGAACUGCCUCCUUGAAGAAGAAUUUCAUAACCGUUGUUAACAUGUUGCUCGAUUUCAAUUUCUAUUUGUACACACUGUUACAUCUGUGCACGACAUUCUCAAUUCUAAUUCUCGGGUUGCUCUUCCCGCCGAUGCUAUGGGAACUCAAUCCGAGUAUGAAUAUAUGGUCGGUGUCGGUGUCGUCAGCUGUAGCGUACAGUGGCGCGUUUUGUUUCAUCAUUCUGAUCAUCGCGCUGCCACAGAAUAUCAACGAGAAGGCGCGCCUCUGUACUGUGUUCUGUGGGAUUGGUGCUAUUGGAUUUUAUGGUAUAACUCUGUCGUCCAAUAAAAGCUUCAUGGUUGUGUGGUGUACACUGGCAAGUCUCGCGACAGCCGCUUCCAGUGUCUUACAGCAGCCUUUGUACAACUCGCUCAAUGACUUUGACACAACGGCCACUAUGACAACCGCGAAUGCAAUAGUCGCGAUUUUAAUUAUGAUUUGGUCUCUCGUUUAUAAUUACGAAUACAGAACUUGUUUUUUCAUCGCCAGUCUCCUACAAACGGGGACAGGUUGCGUGUUCUUCGCGGCGUCGUUUAAAAGACGGAGAUAGUGCAAUGGUUUGAUUUAAAUUCUUUCCACUCGCCAUUGUAAUCUAGUGUUAGGAACAAACGUUAUAUUUAAUUGAAACAAGUUACCAUUAAAUGUAUUUAUUAUUUAAGAGAUCGCUUACAAUAGACGUGCAACGUAACCAUUCUGGUACAUAGUAUAAGUAAAGUAAAAUAAUUCAUUUAUACCAUGAAAUUUUUGCAUUUAUGUUAAAUAGUAAUAUGUUUUUUAUUCGAAUUAAAACAAUCGCCAACCGAGUAUCUUAACUUAGACUGUAUAUAAUAAUACUUUUUGAUAGUAAAUUAUAAUUAAGUAUUUUUUUUUUUGUAAUAUUUUAUAUUAUCAAAUUAUACAAAAAUAAAUUAAUAUAUAUUUUCUAAACUUAAUUUUAUGAUUUCAUAAAUUGGUAUGUCCGCUUCGGACCUGAAUAAAAUUUAAAUAAAAAUACUAAUAGGAAUGUUAUAAAUGAUGUGUCCCCGCCUUGAUGUUGUAUUUAAACACAUGAUAUGUCAAAUGAUUUCACUAAACAUAACUUCAUAAAAAUAAAUAAAUUUCAAAUCAGUCCAUAAUA